AUGGGUAAGUUAAAACUAAAAUCUGAAGAUGCUAAUUAUAGAAUUGCAACAGAUUUUUGGAAUGAUGGUAGAGCAGCAGCAGCAGCAGCAGCAGCAGCAGCAGCAGCAGCAGCAGCAGCAGCAGCAGCAGCAGCAGCAGCAGCAGCAGCAGCAGCAGCAGCAGCAGCAGCAGCAGCAGCAGCAGCAGCAGCAGCAGCAGCAGCAGCAGCAGCAGCAGCAGCAGCAGCAGCAGCAGCAGCAGCAGCAGCAGCAGCAGCAGCAGCAGUACUGAUGAUCUCUAUGUCAUCAGCAAGUGUUGCUAUGAGGCGGCUCAGAGUUGCCGCUGCAGUUGGUACUGGUAAAAAGGGUGGUAUAGAAAGAUGUGAAACUAUGGUCAGAGAAGAGAUUGACGUAAUUAAUGUUGAUGCAGGUGUUGAUGCAAUGAAGAUUAGAAUAGAACCUAGAUCAACAUGCACAACAAGUAGUGGGUGCUUAGGCUUAGGCUUAGGCUUAGGCUUAGGCUUAGGCUUAGGCUUAGGCUUAGGCUUAGGCUUAGGCUUAGGCUUAGGCUUAGGCUUAGGCUUAGGCUUAGGCUUAGGCUUGCUUAGCUUAGGCUUAGGCUUAGGCUUAGGCUUAGGCUUAGGCUUAGGCUUAGGCUUAGGCUUAGGCUUAGGCUUAGGCUUAGGCUUAGGCUUAGGCUUAGGCUUAGGCUUAGGCUUAGGCUUAGGCUUAGGCUUAGGCUUAGGCUUAGGCUUAGGCUUAGGCUUAGGCUUAGGCUUAGGCUUAGGCUUAGGCUUAGGCUUAGGCUUAGGCUUAGGCUUAGGCUUAGGCUUAGGCUUAGGCUUAGGCUUAGGCUUAGGCUUAGGCUUAGGCUUAGGCUUAGGCUUAGGCUUAGGCUUAGGCUUAGGCUUAGGCUUAGGCUUAGUUAGCUUAGGCUUAGGCUUAGGCUUAGGCUUAGGCUUAGGCUUAGGCUUAGGCUUAGGCUUAGGCUUAGGCUUAGGCUUAGGCUUAGGCUUAGGCUUAGGCUUAGGCUUAGGCUUAGUAGGCUUAGGCUUAGGCUUAGGCUUAGGCUUAGGCUUAGGCUUAGGCUUAGGCUUAGGCUUAGGCUUAGGCUUAGGCUUAGGCUUAGGCUUAGGCUUAGGCUUAGGCUUAGGCUUAGGCUUAGGCUUAGGCUUAGGCUUAGGCUUAGGCUUAGGCUUAGGCUUAGGCUUAGGCUUAGGCUUAGGCUUAGGCUUAGGCUUAGGCUUAGGCUUAGGCUUAGGCUUAGGCUUAGGCUUAGGCUUAGGCUUAGGCUUAGGCUUAGGCUUAGGCUUAGGCUUAGGCUUAGGCUUAGGCUUAGCUUAG